AUGUGUUCCCUUAAUCGUUUGCGGCAUUCAGUAUUGCUGACCCCGGUUGCACGUCUGGACGAUCAGACAACCAGGUUGUUUGAUCAUGAUGGAUUUGAUGAAUGUGACGCAAAAUUUGUAGGAUUUGAGCAUGCGAAGCUUGGCAAGAUAAAGUUGGAGGAACUAAAACUCCUUACGCUUCGAAAUGGUGUAGAAAUUAAGUUUGAAGAAAUCGUAGCGCUUGCCGGAGAUUUGUAUGGUUUACCGAAUCAACCAAUUAUCGAUCCGGCUUUCAACGAUGUUGACCAAGAGGAUUCUGGUAGGCACCAGCGCUUCAGAGACGCUUACAACACCCUGGCACGCACACCGAAGAAGGAGUUACAGAAUGAGUUAGACAAGCUGUUGGCCACGUUAGAGAAAGAACGCGUGGCUGGUGCGGCUGUUGAUGCAAGCAUAUGGGACAAAAUUACUGGCGGUGUAUGGGUUGCUGGUGUACCAGUCAAACUUGGCAGGAUGAUGCAAUUGGCUGAAAACAACCACGAUCAUUUCCUUCCUCAUGCAAAAGACGCGUACCUAACUGGUCAUCAGCUAGCGAUUGACAAAAGCGAGGGAGGCUGGUAG